AUGUCUCUGUCAAUAUGUGCCGACUGCCUCUCACAGCUACGAAUUUCGUCAAAAACAACCACCGCCGUCGCCUCAGGAAUUAUCCAGACUCCCCAGUCAUUCGCCUUUCAUAGUUCCGCGGCACGAUAUGCAAAUCCUGUAAAGAAGAAAACUGGUCCACGGCCCGAAGUCAGACAUCGCCAAGCGCUCUCCAUGCGGAUGAAAAAGAAGGGUAAAGACCGUCCCAAACCUCCGCCGAUUGGAGAACGGAGAGCUCAACGCCAGCGCAUUGUCCUCAGCAAUACCAACGCCAUUGCGGUUUCUGACCUGCAGAAUUGGAGUAAAGAGAACAUGGUCGAUCCGGCCUGUGCUGGACAAGUGCUAGGUCUAGAUGGGGCAUUGCUGGAUCAAUUGAGAGAUUCCAAGGCAUUCAAAAGGACACAAAACUGGAGCUUGUUUCGAAGACCGGCGACAUUGAUUCGAUCCGAGACUCUCAAAAUUGGUCAAGACAUUCAAAAGCUGAGCAAUUCUCCGAGCCCGACAACUGUCAAGCACCUGGUCAUUGGGGAGAAAGCAUCGGGCAAGAGUACGUUAAUGCUUCAAACCAUGUGUAUGGCUUUCAUGAACAACUGGGUGGUCAUCAAUGUGCCAGAAGCCAAAGAUUUCGUCAACAACACAUCAUCCUACGCGCCUGUGAAAGAGGGUGGAGCGGAACAUGCCACGUCUGAACAACUCUAUAUCCACCCGCACUUGACGCAAGCCCUCCUCACUCGAGCCAUGUAUUCUAAUGAAGCAGUCUUGAAAACGCUCAAACUCAACCAUCCAGUCCCAAAAGAGUUUUCAUUGAAACCCCACGCCACUCUUAAAGACCUCGCUCAAGUUGCCGUGGAAGACCACACGUUGGCUUGGCCCGUCUGGCAAGCAUUCUGGCGAGAACUCCACGAACCGGGCACGAAACCACGACCACCAGUCCUCCUCACUGUUGAUGGAUUUGAUCACUGGAUGGGCCCCACGAAAUACCGCAGCGCUGAAUUCAAAAUCAUCCACGCCCAUCAAUUCACCCUAAUCCGGCAAUUCACCAAUCUGCUAUUCUCAAACAACGAUGCCGCCUUGCCGUCGCCAUUGGCAAACGGCGGUCUGAUGUUCUUCUGCACGUCCGGCUCCAACACGCCAGCGUAUCCAACCUUCACCGUGCUCCUCAAUCAAAUGCAGGCUCGGGCGAAAGGCAUUUCGCCCACCUCCCCAGACUUCCCGCUCCCAGCACCCUACAGCAAAGCCGACCCAUACGUGAUGGAUCUCAUGCCUCGAACCGAGGGCAUCAAGCUCUUGGACCUGAACGGGUCAAGUGUCCUGGAAUCGAAGGGCUUGCUCGAGUACUUCGUCCGCAGUGGCGUGUUGCAAACGACUCUGACGGAGGCCGCCAUUGCGGAGUAUCGAGGUCUCAGUAAUGGUGGUAUCAUGGGCGAAUUAGCCAAGUUAGGAAGACGGAUCAGAGUAUAG